AUGGUUAAUAACGAUAGUGAUAGGAUGGAAAUUAUAGAGAAAAGAAAUAGUAAUUUUAUGCAUAACGAAGAAUUAAUUCAAGAUGGUGAUGAAGUGGUUAUUUAUAUGAGUUAUGGAGAACUUAAAAGUUUAAAAGUAAAAAGUGGAGAAAGUUUUAAUAUGCGUUUUGGUCAUAUUCAUCAUAGUAAUUUGAUUGGUAAACCUUUUGGAAGUAGAGUUCAAGCAACAGCUGGAUUUGUUUAUAUUUUACGUCCCAUUCCUGCAUUAUGGACACGAUGUUUGCCUAGAAGAACACAAAUUUUAUAUACUCCAGAUAUUGGAGCUAUUUUAAUGUAUCUUGACUUAAAACCAGGUUCUAUUGUUUGUGAAAGUGGUACAGGAUCUGGAUCAUUAUCUCAUCAAUUGGCUACUGCAAUAGCUCCAACAGGUCAUUUGUAUACUCAUGAUAUUGACAAAUUACGAGUUACAAAAGUUAUAGACGAAUUUCAGACACAUGGAUUAAAAGAUGUUACUACUGCUGUAAUGAGAAAUGUUUGUGAAGUUGGUUUUGUUGUUGAAAAUAAAGCUGAUGCUGUUUUUCUUGAUUUACCAGCUCCUUGGGAAGCUAUAUCAUGGGCAAAAAAAGCUUUAUCUAAAGAAAGAGGUGGUAGAAUUGUUUCAUUUUCUCCAUGUAUUGAGCAGGUUAUUAAAAGUUGUGAAGUUUUACGUAAAGAAGGUUUUGUACAAGUUGAAACUAUUGAAAUUAUUCCAAAAACAAUGAAAAGUGUAGAAUUGUUUAAUGAUAAUUUAAAAGCAUUUGAUAAAAGAGUUAAUAUUUUUACUGAUUCUGUUGAAAGAAUAAUUCCUUGUAUAAAAACAAAUAAUUACAAAAUUGAAAAAGGUAAAAAAAGAAAUUUUGAUGGAUCUAUUGUUGAAAUUAAUGAAGAUGAUGAGUUAGAAAGAUGUGAUGAUGCUGAUUUUUCUUUGACAACAAAAACAAUAGUUUCAUUUCCUCAUUCUCAACCAACACACACUGGAUAUUUGACUCAUGCCACUUUAUUACCACAUUUUUAA